AUGUUACGAUCAAAGUCUUUUGUUAAACGUACUCGCAAGGGUAAUGUUGUAAAGGUCGUCAAAGAACAUUACCUUCGUGACGACAUUAGCUGUUCUUCGGCUGCCUGUUCCGAAUGUGAACAAACGCAACCAGUAUUAUCUCCUGAACCACGUUCAACAAGCACGAUCAAAGCACAUUACCUCAUUCCAGAUACCAAUGUGUUUAUGAACCAACUUGACAUUAUGGAGCAUCCAUCGAUCAAGAAUGUCGUUGUCCUCCAGACUGUCAAAGAAGAACUCCGUCACCUUAGUUUGCCAGUCUACAACCGAGUUACUAGUAUCUUGGCUGAUAAAAACAAGCGUUUUUACAUGUUUGCAAAUGAACAUCACCGUGAUACCUAUGUCGAAAAACUUAAGGAUGAGUCACCAAACGAUAGAAAUGACAGAGCUAUCCGUGUUUCUACAAAGUGGUACUCUGAUCACUUGAAAAGAUGUGCUCCAGGCCACCCCAUCGAAGCAGUCAUGCUUAGUGAUGACCGUGCUAAUCGUGAAAAGGCUGCUGCUACUGGAAUCAAGGCUAUCUCUGUAAGAGAUUAUGUCAAGACUUUACAGGAUGUACCUGAACUGUUGGAUAUGUUGUCUACAUCCAAUGAGUCUGCCAAAGAUAAGGACGACAAGAUUGUCUAUGAUGAGCACUUGUCAAGCCCACAAAUUACCAAUGGUAUCAAAAAGGGAACCUUUAUUCAAGGAAACCUAAAUAUCAGUCAACACAAUAUUCUUGAAGCUACAAUUAUGGGUAAUAUCGAAGGCGAAACCCGUACAAUUUAUAUCAUCGGACGUAAGAACAUGAACCGCAGUAUCCAAGGUGAUAUUGUGGCUGUCCAAUUGCUGCCAAAGAGUGAAUGGAAAAAACACGCAUCGGUUGUUGUGGAAGACGAAGAAGACGAAGAAAAGAUGCAGGGAGAAGAAGAUGUGGAGGCGAUUAAAAAGAAAGACGCAAUGGAUGUAGACAGCGAAGGUGAAGGUGAACCGACAGCAAAGGUUGUUGGUUUGAUUAGAAAGAAGUGGAGACCUUAUUGUGGAUAUAUCGUCAAGAAAUCUGUUCACACCAAGCCUGGCUCAAAUUCUGCAGAAACUGUCGUGUUCCGGCCAAUUGAUCGCCGGAUACCUACAAUCAGAAUUCGUACUUCUCAAGCACACACGCUGUUGGGUAACCGUAUUGUGGUCUCUAUUGAUUCUUGGGCUGCAAACAACAUGUAUCCAACUGGUCACUUUGUAAAGACAUUGGGAUCAUCCGGAGAUAGAGAGACAGAAACUGAGGUUUUGUUAUUGGAACACGACGUACCUUAUCUUGAGUUCUCCAAGCGUGUACUCGAGGAUCUUCCUGACGAGGGUGAAGACUGGGUUGUGACUGAAAAGCAUGUUCGCGACGAAAACAGACGUGAUCUUCGUGAUCUGAAUAUUUGCAGUAUUGAUCCCCCAGGAUGUACUGAUAUUGAUGAUGCUCUUCAUGUUCGAGAACUCCCCAACGGAAACUAUGAAGUUGGUGUCCAUAUUGCUGAUGUUACAUAUUUUGUAAAGAAUGGACAGGCAAUGGAUGAUGAAGCUGCUUCGCGUGGUACCAGUGUGUACCUUGUAGACAAACGUAUUGACAUGCUUCCCGGACUUUUGGGAACAAAUCUCUGUUCAUUGAGAUCCAAUGUUGAACGUUUAGCAUUUUCUUGUAUUUGGGAAGUGAAUGAAAACGCAGAUAUUAUCAAUGUAGAUUUCACAAAGAGUAUCAUUCGAUCCAAACACUCUUUCACUUACGAAGAAGCUCAGAACCGUAUUGAUGACGAUCGUAUGCAGGAUGAUAUUACAAAGGGAAUUCGUGUUAUGAACUCAAUGGCAAAAAAGCUGCGUCAGAAGCGCCUGGACCGCGGUGCCUUGACACUCUCGAGCCCUGAAGUCCGAUUCAAUCUUGAGAAUGAUUCUCAGGAUCCUGUAGAUGUAGAAAUGAAGGAACUCAAGGAGACUAAUGCACUUGUGGAGGAAUUCAUGUUGUUGGCCAAUAUCUCGGUUGCCGAGAAGAUCUACUCAAAGUUCCCCAGUUCUGCCUUGCUGCGUAAGCACGCUGCCCCUCCAAUCAGCAACUUUGACACCCUUCGCAAAGCUCUUUCUGAAGUCGGUGUCACUCUCGAAGUCGACAGUUCGAAGUCACUUGCUGAUUCUCUUGACAAGGCAGUAUUACCUGAAGAUCCUUACUUUAACAAACUAGUACGCAUCAUGACGACACGUUGCAUGAUGCAAGCACAAUACUUUUGUUCAGGAACAGAGUCAGAAGCUGACUUUAGACAUUAUGGUCUGGCAUCACCUAUUUACACUCAUUUUACAUCUCCUAUUCGUCGUUACUCUGAUGUGGUCGUACAUCGUUUGUUGCAAGCAUGCAUUGAUUCCGAUGCUGUCUAUGGACAAGAACUUAUUGACAAGGCCAAAAUGAAGGAUCUAUGUGAUGGUCUCAAUCAUCGACAUCGCAUGGCACAACAGGCUGGUCGUAGCUCAGUCGAACUUUACACAAACAUGUUCUUUAGAAACAAGAUUCAGGUUGAAGAAGGUCGUGUAGUACGUGUCUUGAAGAAUGGAUUUAUUGUACUUGUACCAAAGUAUGGUAUUGAAGGUAUUGUAUAUACUACAAAGGUAUCCGGUGGAUCUUCUCCAUUCGUUUAUAAUGAGGAGAACAACAGCUUGGAUGCUCCUGGCGACGUGGUUAUCAAGAUGUUUGGUACUGUCAAGGUCGAGAUUUCUAUUGAAGGUGAUGAAAAUGGCAUGAGACAAAAGAUGAACAUGAAGUUGAUCGAACCCUACGUCGAGGGUGUGAGUGCACUUCCCACCACAGCUGCACAAAAGAGAGCUAUUGAAAGUGACAGGGCAGCAAAGAAGGCAAAAGCAAACUAAAUUAUUAAAGACUAAAAAAAAAUUAUAUAUAAAUAAAUAAAUAAAUAAAUUUUACAUACAUAUAGAUAGAAAUAUAAUUGGAUCUGUAUAAUACUUGUAUAUACAAUAAUCAUAAUAAUAAUAAUAUUAUUAUUAUGAAUGCACAUGUUUUGUCUUAACAUCACUAUACAUAAAUUCAAGCCCUUUAUUUCC